AUGACUCCAGUAAAAUUAAGCAUCAAGUAAACAAAAGUGGAAAGCGACCUACUCUUUUAACUUGUCUCACUAGUGCCUAAAUGUAGUAAAGGCUGCUUAAGUUUCGUAUGUAGUUGGAUUUUUUUGGAGUCCGAAGGUAUCCAUCAGCAGACUUUGAGGCCCAAAUUGAAUUUGGAUUCAAGUGGAUUCUAAAUACUUCUGCUUACCUUGAAGGGAGAAGCUUCUUAAAGAAUAAACAAGUUGAAUAGAGAAAACACUGAUCAAUAAUAGGCAUUUUAGUGGUCUUUUUAAUGUUUUCUGCUGUGAAACAUUUCAAGAUUUAUUGCUUUUUUUUUUCAUUUUCCCCAUCACACUCACACACGCAUGCUCACACUUUUUAUUUGCCAUAAUGAACCGUCCAGCCCCUGUGGAGAUCUCCUAUGAGAACAUGCGUUUUCUGAUAACCCACAACCCUACCAAUGCUACCCUCAACAAGUUCACAGAGGAAUUUAAGAAGUAUGGAGUGACAACUUUGGUUCAAGUUUGUGAUGCUACAUAUGAUAAAGCACCAGUUGAAAAAGAAGGAAUCCACGUUCUAGAUUGGCCUUUUGAUGAUGGAGCACCACCCCCUAAUCAGAGAGUUGACGAUUGGCUAAACCUACUAAAAACCAAAUUUCAUGAAAAGCCAGGUUGUUGUGUUGCAGUGCAUUGUGUUGCAGGACUGGGAAGGGCACCUGUGCUGGUCGCACUUGCUUUGAUUGAAUGUGGAAUGAAGUACGAAGAUGCAGUUCAGUUUCUAAGACAAAAAAGAAGGGGAGCAUUCAGUUCCAAACAGCUGCUUUACCUGGAGGAAUACUGACCUAAGGUGUGAUUAUGCUUCAGAGAUACCAAUGGGCAUUGCUGCGUUCAGUAGAAAGAAAUGUAUGAGAAGGCUGACUUGAUAGUGGCAUUUAGAGGGAACUCUUGGUACCUGGAAAUGUGAAUCUGGAAUCUUAACUGUGUCAUCAAAGUAGUGAUGGAUUCAGUACUCCUCAACCAUUCUCCUAAUGAUUGGAAAAAAAGAAACAAAAA